CUUCUCGCGAUAUUUCCGUAGUGGGUGGUGAAGUCAGAGAUAUGGCAGCCGUUGCCCUGAAGUCUUGUCGCAAAGGACUGUCUCACAUUUUGAGGGAUGGAGCAGUCGCUACUUUCUCGCCAAAGGCUUUGGGAGGGGUGAGACAGAAGUCCUCUAUACAGUAUGCAACGAGGCCAGAGCUCCCUAAGCUGGCCUACCGCAGGGUAAAGGGGAAGAGUCCAGGCGUGGUCUUCCUGCCUGGGUAUGGAUCCAACAUGAACGGCCAGAAAGCUGAGGCCCUGGAGGAGUUCUGCAGGUCGCUUGGACACUCAUACCUUAGGUUUGACUACACAGGCCAUGGGUUAUCGGAGGGGGUGUUCGCUGAAGGGACCAUCGGCACCUGGAAGAAAGAUGUCCUCUUCGUGUUGGAUGAACUAACAGAGGGUCCACAGAUCAUGGUGGGGUCCAGUAUGGGCGGCUGGCUCAUGCUGUUGGCAGCUAUCGCCAGGCCGGAGAAGACUGCAGCUCUGGUGGGCAUAUCCACAGCAGCAGACCACAUUGUCACAGCCUUCAAGUCAAUGUCUUUAGAGGUGCGUAAGGAGAUUGAAGAGAAGGGCGUGCUGACUGUGCCCACCAAGCACAGUGAGGAGGGCACCUACACGUUCACUAUUGGCUUCCUGAACGAGGCGGAGAACCAUUGUGUCCUCCAGAGCCCCCUCCCCAUCACCUGCCCUGUGAGGCUCAUCCACGGCCUGAAGGACGACGACGUGCCCUGGCACAUCUCCAUGCAAGUGGCCCAGCGCGUCCUCAGCCCCGACGUGGACGUCAUCCUCCGCCGCCACGGUCAGCACCGCAUGGCUGAGAAGGAUGACAUCAGGCUCAUGGUCUACACCAUCGACGACCUCAUAGACAAGCUGACCACCCUCGUUUGAGUUGGGGGGGGGGGGGGGGGGUUAGGAAUGCACCCCAUUGGAGAGGCAGGAGCAACCAUAUAUGAUCCCACUCUCCCCUUACCCUUCCUUCCAUCCUGCCCAGUUUGUCCUCAGUAUGCUGUUUCAAAGCAAGAGAGAAAGACAAGGAUUAUCGAAAGUACAAACUGUGAUGGAACGAGGAUGUCGUCUGUCAGAAACCUCAGCCAGGUCCCUAAUGCCUGCCUUGGGAAGGGAGUGUGUCUUUUACCAGUUUACUCUGUGCAGUGUUUUUUAGGUAAACCUUUCUACAGGCAAUACUGCCACUGCUAAUGCUGCCACUGUUUGACAGAUCCCAAUAGUUCUAGUGUGCCUUUUUUACCACGUCUCAUACCCGUUGGGUCAACAAAGCCUCUGCACAGCAGAGUGGAGCGCAGGUCUCGUCUAAUUGUGCAUGCAGAUAUUAUAUGAGGCACAGAUAGAAUACACACAGACAACAAGCUCCAUCAAACUGCCUCCUACGCAGAAGCACUGUGACAUAGUGUGGUGAUCGGUCCAAGCUGUAUUUUCACACAGUGUACAGUCUUUUUUGGAAUCGACACAAUCUCAAAAUAGCUGAAGAAAAGUCAAGAGGAAUACAUUUUUAUUUUACUGUACAUCCACACACCUUCCCAUGUGCCAGUCUGAGCCACUGGGCUGUUGAUUAACAUGUCGUUCGUUGGUUAUUGGACUGUGUUCAAUGGGGCAGAAAGUCAGUCCUGCUGCAGCAGACGCAGUAACUCUCUCUCUCUCUGAUCCCCUAACUGCUGCUCUGACCUUUCACUCUUCGGCAGAAUGUUUGCAAUCAGUCACCUACGCAUCACAACACCAACCGGAUGACAAAACUCAAACAUGAGCACGCAUCAGGGUGUAGAACAAAGCGCCUGAGUUAUGUAAGUACUGUACAUUGCCUUUGGAAAGUGUUCAGACCCCUUGACUUUUUCCACAUUUUGUUACGUUAGCCUUAUUCUAAAAUGGAUCAAAAUGGGGUUUUUUCUCAGCAAUCUACACACAGUACCCCAUAAUGACAAAGCAAAAACAGUUAUUUUAGAAAUUUUUGCAAAUGUAUUCAAAAUAAAAAACAAAUACCUUAUUUACAUAAGUAUUCAGACCCUUUGCUAUGAGACUUGAAAUUGAGCUCAGGUGCAUCUUGUUUCCAUUGAUCAUCCUUGAGAUGUUUCUACAACUUGAUUGGAGUCUAUCUGUGGUAAAUUCAAUUGAAUGGACAUUAUUUGGAAAGGCAUACACCUGUCUAUAUAAAGGUCCCACAGUUGACAGUGCAUGUCAGCGCAAAAACCAAGCCAUGAGGUCGAAGGAAUUGUCAGUAGAGCUCCGAGACAGGAUUGUGAGGAGGCACAGAUCUGGGGAAGGAUACCAAAACAUGUCUGCAGCAUUGAAGAUCCCCAAGAACACAGAGGACUCCAUCAUUCUACAAUUGAAAAAGUUUGGAACCACCAAAGACUUUUCCUAGAGCUGGCCGCCCGGCCAAACUAAGCAAUCGGGGUAGAAGGGCCUUGGUCAAGGAGGUGACCAAGAUUCCGAUGGUCACUUUGACAGAGCUCUAGAGUUCCUCUGUGGAGAUGGGAGAAACUUCCAGAAGGACAACUAUCUCUGCAGCACUCUACCAAUCAGUUGGACAGACUGGUUGAGUGGCCAGACGGAAGCUACUUCUCAGUAAAAGGCACAUGACAGCCCGCUUGGAGUUUUCCAAAAGUACCCUAAAGACUCUCAGACCAUGAUAAACAAGAUUCUCUGUUCUGAUGUAACCAAGAUUGAACAAGCCUGAAUGCCAAGUGUCACGUCUGGAGUAAAUCUGGCCCCAUCCCUACGGUGAAGCAUGGUGGUGGCAACAUCAUGCUGUGGGGAUGUUUUUCAGUGGCAGGGACUGGGAGACUAGUCAGGAUCGAGGCAAAGAUGAACGGAGCAAAGUACAGAGAUCCUUGAUGAAAACCUGCUCCAGAGCGCUCAGGAUCUCAGACUGGGGCGAAGGUUCACCUUACAACAGGACAACGACCCUAAGCACACAGCCAAGACAACGCAGGAGUGGCUCCGGGACAAGUCUCUGAAUGUCCUUGAGUGGUUCAGCCAGAGCCCGGAUGAAUCCAAUCGAACAUCUCUGGAGAGACCUGAAAAUAGCUGUGCAGCAAUUCUUUCCAUCCAACCUGACAGAGCUUGAGAGGAUUUGCAGAGAAGAAUGGGAAAAACUCCCCAAAUACAGGUGUAGCAAGCUUGUAGCAUCCUACCCAAGAAGACUCGAUGCUGUAAUCACUGCCAACGGUGCUUCAACAAAGUACUGAUUAAAGGGUCUGAAUACUUAUGUAAAUGUGAUAUUUCCUGUUUUUAUUUUUGUAUAAUUUAGCAAAAUGUCUAAACCUGUUUUUGCUUUGUCAUUAUGGGGUAUUGUUCGUAGAUUGAGCCCAAAAAAAUGUAAUCCAUUUUAGAAUACGGCUGUAACGUAACAAAAUGUAGAAAGAGUCAAGGGGUCUGAAUACUUUCUAAAUGCACUGUAUGUACAUUACUGGUGAGGAAUUUACUAAUAUGUAGUGCUAGACCAUAUAUCAUAAUGACAAGGGCUAGAAGUGCAUACACUCAGAUAUAGUGAUGGUGAGAAUACUCCUGAAUUUAUUUUAGCUUGACAGUCAAAUGGUACAGUAUUGCAAUGAUGUUAGGAUUCAAAAGCUUAACGGACAUUCUGGAAAAUCAUCUAUUUCCCGUAUUUCAACACUUUCUGAAUAUUUUUUCCAGCUUGUGAUGCAUGAUGUCAUUUCAGUACUGUAGCCUUCACCGCACUCAGACCCUCUCUCCAGAUCUAUCUGUCAUCCACCUCUAUAACUCUAACCCAAUUAAAGCAGAGCAAUGGCUCUCAUUAUCAAAAUUGAGAGACAAGCUGCAAGUCAGACACUAAUGGGUUGUACUGUGCCUUCCAAAUUUACAGAUACAUUUAAGGUAGGUGAAAACGUGGUUUUAUUUAUCUGGUUCUAUAAAUUGUGAGUCUGGGCUCCAAUCCAAUGUGAGAGUAGUAAGGCCAAAUACAUCAACAAUGAGUAGUUAACAUUUGUCAUGUGCCUUUUAGAUAUUGUCCAUGGGCAUGAUCAGUGCCGACCUGUCAUUCAUGGCAGGUGGAGCCCCACCUGUUUAGCUAAAAAAUAUAACACUUUUUUUUGUUGCCUGUUUUGCAUGUUAUUUUAGCAUUAUUAUGUGUCACAUACCAGUUUGCAAACAAUGUAAAAAAAUAAAUAAAUAAUAAUUUAAUAAAGCCACAUACAAACAUG